CGAUUUCUACGCAUAUAAAUGUCCCAAACAAUGUCAUGAUAUUUCUAACUAUAUAUGUCUCAGUCACCUUGUUUGUACUUCCAACUUUAUAUGGAAACGAUGAUUUGUGCGAACUUGCCUUUCAAGAUGUGGGAUUAGAUGAUGCUUUCGAUUGCAAUACAACCGACUUAACCAAUUUAACAAAGGAAAGUGGUAAGUUUCUCUUUAUGUUUUUAUUCCUAUUCAAGCUAAAACGGGCGAAUCAUAUACUCUGUCUUCAUUCGAAAAAUCGUAGUUGUUUUUGUGUGGCUCACAUUUAUUCGAUGGCAAUAUUCUAAAUCAUAUUAUCACUGUGUUUAUAGAUAAAGGGGCAUUGCGAAUCAUCGAUGCGACGGAUUCAUAUUCCGAAAUUGACCGAGGUGAAGCCUUCUAUCUUGACUGUUGUUUUUACUCCCACCCAUACUGUCCGAUAAUUACCUGGUACAAAGACGGAGUGGAGAUUAGAGAUGACUCUACGAUACGCAAAACAAAACAUGGACUGACACUCCAAGUUCAUGCCACAUCAGAUGCUGGAGGAAAUUACACGUGUAAUGCGACAACGCCGUAUGGUGAAGUUGAAACCUACACUAUCAUAGAUAUCAAAGUUAUCAGUAAGUUUGAUAUGUAUUUACAAGCAAACUCCAUCCAUGUCUUUUAUCUGGAACGAUAGCCUACGGGGGGGGGGGGAGUGAAACAAAACAUAUUAUAGAUGGAAAUCGCGAGAGCCGCAAAUAACGUUUCUGGGUGACACGCUUCUUAUAUGGUGUUGAUCUGGGUAUCAGUUUGAAUAAGCAUCUUUGUACGUAAUUGUUUUUCCCAUAGGGAUUUCAUGUGGUCAAGUUUCGCCAUUCUCCGUGCUACUGUAGGCUGAACUGAACGAUUUUACUUAAAUAAUAACUUCGUAUUCAUUUCUAGCACGUUGUUCUGGAAAAUUCACCGUAGUAACAGCUCCUGGUCAGGAUGUAAUACAGGGGAAAAAAGGAAGUCGUCAAGAGCUUGUGUGGAAUUUUAUUUGUUUUGGAGCACUGCAUUCAAGUACAGUCAGAUGCAAAAGAAAUAACAGCGAAGAAAUAACCGAACGCGAUGGUUACUACAAUAUAAAACGAAUUCGAUCAGCUAGGAAUAAUGAAGUUGCUCUUCAGCACAUCAUAACUAUUUCCAACUUUUCAAGGAGUGAGAGUAUUACAUGUAAAACAAACGCUUAUGGUUCACCGAGCGCGACUUUCAUUUUGGUGUUGGAAGAAGGUAAGAAUUUUCAUUUUAGGAAGAUUUAUUAAGCAACGAAAUAGGGAACAAGUGAAUCAUUUAAUUUUUAAAAUUAAAUAAAUGAAGUAUUGUGAGCGAAAAGUUCAAUAGUUUUAACAAUAACGUCAGAAAACUCAUGGAUUUAAAGCUCAAAUUAGGAGGAAACAGUCACUGUUUAAAUCCUGAUAAACAUGGUUAGUGUGACACAGAUAGCGGACAUUUGUAUUCAAAACAAUAUAGAUAUAAUAUAGAUAAUAUCUUUGUAGUCUACUCUUGUUCUUCGGUAAACCGGAAAGAGUUUGUUAGUUUAGACUUUUUAAAUUUCAUGUUUUCCUUUCGAAUUUUAAAAAUCGUAACAAUGAAGGCUAGAUGUAGUUUUCAUAUAGAUUAUUCCUUAGAAAAGAGAAUAUUUUUAUACUUAGCCAGACGUAUGUUGAAAUGGUGGCUGAAAAUGUGAAAUUUCGUCUUCCGCCAUGGGAAACUAUUAAUGAUAAUUUUUGAACAUGACGUAUACUCAAUAUUAUAUUUUAAUUAUUUUAUAUUCUAGAAACGGCUGUUGGUCAACUUCAAACUAAUAAUGAAGGAAGUUUUUUCGAAGAGAAAGGGGUAUGGAUAGUGAUUGGUGGCUCCUUAUUACUGAUCAGUUUUGUUGCAGUGCUUUUCCUAUCCCAUAGAAAGAAAGUGGGACGCAAGGCGCUAACAUUUUAUCGUCCUAUAAAAAAGGGUAUGUGUUUGUAGUAGAAGUUAAGCAUUGUCGAGACAUUUUAGAAUCCGGAUCCCAGUUUAUAAUGUAGUAUUUAUAGUACGCAGGCGUGAAUUGGACGAGAAAAUUCAUAUGAGCCGGGCUCGGUCGGUAAACCGGGCUGGUUCGUUUUGCCUAUUGUAUGCUAUUCUUAUCAUGAUCAUUUUUAUCUAGAUCAGUUAUUUAAAUAAUUUUACUCUGUAUAUAACUGCCAGUUUAUUUUCUGUGACGACAAAAAAUAAAAAUGUAUCAACUUAAAGUAACAAUAUAUUAUAUAUUUAUUUUAGAGGUCGCUGCUCGUUACGAUGCAUUCAUCUCUUACAGCGAGGUAGACGGCGGAUCAUUUGUACGUUCGACGUUGAAACCAAUGUUGGAGGACGAAUGCGGUUACAAAUUAUCCUUACAUUAUCGAGAAUUUGUUCCUGGUACAGCCAUUCUAGAUAAUAUCGUAGACUCCAUAUACGACAGUCGUCGCAUUGUGACCAUCGUUACUCCAAAAUUCCUCGAAAGUGAAUGGUGCAAAUUCGAAGUCGAUCAAGGACUUCGUCGCGCUAUCGAAAAGCCGAACACACUAGUUGUCGUUAUGUUGAACGAAAUGCCACUAAAUCAAUUGCCAAAAUCACUUCGCUCGUUCUUAUCGGAUGUCACCUUUCUUCAAUGGGAUGAUGGGAAACGAGAUGAAAUGUGUAAGAAAAUGAGGAGUGCUUUAGGAACGCCUUUUACUGUUAAUGAUAUUUGUGAACAGGGAGAAAAUGGGACUGGCGUUGAAAUUGCCUUUGAAGAAAGGAACGCUAACAAUUGCAAUCUGGAAGAGAAUAUAUGGGAACAAAUGUGAUCCAAUAAGAUCCAUCUAGUCCACAAGUAUAUCGGUUGGACAAAUGCAGCAGUAAAUGUCGUGUUGUACCAACAUCAACCGUUUUGGGAGUAAUUAGCCACGGAGAAGAUAAUAGACCUUUACAGAAUGUGGUUCAGUAUGACUUGAAAAAUUCGUUUUGGUGAUUGAAACUUUUGCCUCAGUUCUAGAUCCUUUUGUUUCCUAAUUCUUAAUUAGUUUCAAUAAUUCAUCUUAGGAUUCAAUGAUUCAGCCAUAGGAAGAGAGGAGAGUAGGAAGGAUGAAAAGUAGGAAGGAUAAAAAACUUUCAUGAAGGAAUGCAAAGAAACAAGUCUUAAGGCGAAGCAAAACAAUCCUGCGCAAGCCGACGGCCUAUAUAUACCUGCCAAGGAACACACACAAAAAGUGUCAUAUCUUAGAAUACAUCGAUAUCAAAGUAACUAGAUUCAGUUCCGAAAUA